AUGGUACAAAUACUAUCAGAAGAUCAAUUCAAACAACAAGUUGUCUCUUUAUACACCGAUGUUAUUGGUGAAAAAAUUGGUGGUAAAGUCUUAAGUUUUAGUGAUGAAUGGUUUGCAGAAGCUUCAAAUUUAAUUAAACCAAAACCUCCAAUUAGAGAUGCUACUAAAUUCGUUUAUUCAGGUGCUUGGUAUGAUGGUUGGGAAACAAGAAGACAUAAUACUGAAGAAGCUGAUUGGGUAAUUAUUCAAUUUGGUGUAUCUGGUGCAAAAUUAAUUGGUACUGAAAUUGAUACUGCUUUUUUCAAUGGUAAUCAUGCCCCAGAAAUUACUGUUGAAGCUACAAAUUUAAAAGAAGGUGAAUCUUUAGAUAGUGCUACUUGGGAUUUAAUAAUUUCUAAACAAGAAUGUGGACCAUCACAAAAACAUUUUUUCAAAAAUGAUUCAAUAACUGAUAAGGCAUAUACUCAUGCAAGAUUAAAACAAUAUCCAGAUGGUGGGAUUGCUCGUUUUAGAUUAUAUGGUGAAGUUAUCCCACAAUUUGAUGGAAUCACCACUCAAAGUAUCAUUGAUUUAGCUUCUGUUCAAUAUGGUGGUGUUGCAGUUAAAGUUUCUGAUCAACAUUUUGGUUCUGCUGAUAAUUUAGUUUUACCAGGUCGUGGUCAUGAUAUGAGUGAUGGUUGGGAAACCAAGAGAUCAAGAACUCCAGGUCAUACAGAUUGGGUAAUUAUUAAAUUAGGUGCUAAAACUAAGAUUAAUGAAGUUGUUAUUGAUACUGCACAUUUUAGAGGUAAUUUCCCACAAAAAAUUUCAUUACAUGGAUUAACUACUCAAGAAUUAAUUCCAAAUGAAUCUGAUCCAAAUUGGAUUUCAUUAAUUGAACCUUCUAAAACUGGUCCUGAUAAAGAACAUUCAUUUAAAGAAUUUGUUAAUCAAGGUGAAUUCACUCAUGUUAAAUUAACUUUAAUCCCAGAUGGUGGUGUUAAAAGAAUUAGAGUUCUUGGUACUUUAGCUUAA